AUGCAGAAAGGGGUGAAACUGUGGCGAGAGACACUUGCAAAACCCCAGAGCAAGGAGAAGGCCAUCUACGUCCACUUCCAUUCCUUAUUCGCACUAAAACCUGAUGUCGUAUAUGAAUAUCUCACCAAUGGACCCGCCGUUCAGCCCCAAUCGAUACGAAACCCGCUCUCAGUCCCAGACGAGUUUCUUCUGCGGAAGGGAACAGUACCUCUCCUCACAAUCCGCAAUCCUCGCCUUCAAGUCCCCUCCCUAUGUCGUGUCUCUAGAGACACAUUACCCGGCGGCGUCGGACGAAUAGACACCUUAGCCUCAGCGACCGGGCACUGCAACAGAUCACUCUACGACUGGUACUUAUCAAACGGCAUCCAGCCUCUCGUCGUCGACGCAGACGACUACAUGUCCAGCGAGGCGUUCGUCCGGCAUCUAUGCGCGGCUCGCGGUUUGAAUCCGGACGAGGCGUUGAUCAAAUGGGACAAAACGAAUCGAGACCUGGAUAUGAACACGAUCGAGAAGAACCAUACCGCGAUUCAGAAGACUUUGUUCGCGUCGCAGGGUCCUGAGGCGAGGAGGGCGUCUCAGAAUGUGGAUCUGGAGGCUGAGGAGAGAGGUUGGGAUGAGGAGUUUGGCAGGGAAGGUGCACAGCUGGUGAGAGAUGUGGUGAAGGCGGUUGGGGCGGAUUAUGAGUAUUUGAGGGAGAGACGGCUGAGAUUUCCGGGAUCAAAGCUGUAG